AUGGCCGCCUCGACGAGCAUAGAACAACCUCCGACGACUCGCACUCUCCGCGAAGGGAGCAGCAGCAGUGGUGCCGAUGCCAGCAGCCAUUCAACGCCAUCAUCAACAAAGUCCAAACAGAAACGAGAUUACAAGGGGUUUGUGGCGGUGGGCCAUCCGUUCGACACGGUCAAAGUUCGUCUCCAAACAACCAAGGAUUCCCACUUCAAGGGACCGCUAGAUUGCGUGCUACAGACGGUGCGCAAAGAGGGUGUGUCGGGGUUAUACAAGGGAGCUACGCCCCCGCUGGUCGGGUGGAUGGUGAUGGAUUCUGUCAUGCUGGGUUCCCUCACCCUCUAUCGGCGACUGCUCCUUGAACAUGUCUUUUCGAAGCCCCGCAUCCGCGAUGCGAUUUCCUUUUCUCGAGGGCCGAAGGACCUCAACACUCUUCCGAGUUUGGGACACGGUAUCGCUGGCAUCAUGGCCGGAUCGACCGUAAGCUUCAUCGCCGCUCCGGUGGAGCAUAUCAAGGCGCGGCUACAGAUUCAGUACGCCGCGGACAAGAAACAACGACUGUACAGCGGGCCAAUUGACUGCACGAGGAAGAUUCUGCGCACCCACGGCAUCCCCGGGCUUUUCCACGGACUGUGCGCCACGCUCGUCUUCCGGUCCUUCUUCUUCUUCUGGUGGGGCUCGUACGAUAUCUUGUCCCGCCUGAUGAGAGAGCGGACCAACAUGUCGACUCCUGCCAUCAACUUCUGGGCCGGAGGCAUCUCGGCGCAGAUCUUCUGGCUGACCUCAUACCCGUCGGACGUGGUCAAGCAGCGGAUCAUGACCGAUCCGCUGGGAGGCGCUCUGGGCGAUGGCGAGAGGCGAUUCCGGCGGUGGAAGGAUGCUGCGAUUGCUGUUGGACGCGAGGGAGGGUGGCGAGCGUACUGGCGAGGAUUCCUGCCCUGUUUCUUGAGGGCAUUCCCGGCAAAUGCGAUGGCGCUGGUUGCGUUUGAGGGCGUGAUGCGAUGGUUGCCAUAG